AUGCAACGACCAACAAAGUCUCUCUCUCAGCUUCCGCUCCCUCACGUUAUGGAAGAAAACGUAGAAAACUUGUGGACGAUCUCUACUUUCUCUUCUCAUCCUCUCUUCUCAUGUUUCAUCACUCUCUACACUUUGCUUCUCAUCUAUUUCCCUAAUGAUUCCCUUCGAAUCCUUCUCUCCCCUGUUCUUCUCAUCUCCGGCGCUUUCCUCUUCUCUCUUCUUCUCCUCGGAUCGACCCGAGAAUUGAAUACCCGACCCGGAAACGGAGUAGAAACCGGAAGCGUGAAUCUCGAGGAGGCUGAAGAAUCUAAGGUUUUGGUGUCCGAAGCCAAACGCGAAAAGGAUUCCGACACGAAGCCUAAUUUGAUUGGUGAUUUUGUGGAGUGGAAUCUGAGAGCACCGUUGGAGGUGAUACACGAAGCCUACGAAGAAGACGAUGAUGGUGACGAAGAAGAAGAGAAUCAGUCGGUUUCGGGUGAAAAAGACUCGACCCGGUUAAAUGAAAUCGAGAGAUACCCGUCGUUGUCGCUCUGUUAUCCAGAAUCAGAUUCGGAAUCGGAUUCGGAUUCUUUGUCGGAAUUCAAUUUUCCGGAGAUGGGUGGCUGGAUCUCGCCGGAGAAUAUGAGGUUCAGAUGGGAAGAGGAAGACGACGACGAUGGAAUUGGGUUGAUUGAGAUAAAGCUCGAUGAGUAUGAGAAGAUGAGCAAACGGAAUCAAACAGAGCUGGAUUUUAAUGCAGAGGAAGAGGGUUUGAUCGAGAUCGAUCUUUUUCCUUGA